UCGGUACCGAAAAGUUGGUAGACUUUCUUCAUUUGGGAUUCAAAGCAUAUAAAAGCGGCUUAACUAGCCAAAUGUCCCUGUAUGAGAACUCUGCUGCCCCCUCCAGGCCAGUGACUGCCAUAGCCUGGACCUCCAGUAGCUCUACCUGCCCAGGACAGUUUACUCUGAUCACUCAGACUGAAGACGGGGCUGCAGCGAGCUUCACCAGGGCUUUUGGCCUCAAGUCUGGGUACUACCUGUGUUACAGCCUGGACUUGUCUGGGGGAAUGGUGGUGUCCGAUGUGAGGGUGAUUUCUGACAAAGAGACGAUCCCUCAUGGUUACUGUUAUAUCCCAGAGUUCCUGGAAAACAGGGCAUCUGUGUGGAAGAAGAAGCGUGUGUGUGUGCGUAUUGUGCCCUCUGACAGCGUCAACACAGCUGUGCUGGACAUCAGACUGACCACCAAGAGCAAGAUGAUGCUACAGCAGUAUACUUGUCUAGGUGACAUGCUGGGGUAUGUGAUCUGGUGUCGGAAGGGACCUUUCUCUGGCCCUGUGCCUAAGGCCAAGCCACGAAGCCUGAGUCUGGAGCUCAGACAGCUGUCCCUGGACGGAGCUACACCACUGCUGCCUCUCAGACAGAGCAACCCCCCGCCUGCUCCCCCCAAGAUGAGCCGUCGCCGUAACAACCUGGAAACGAAGGAGCCUGCGGAGACUGCGUGUGAUGGCAGCACUGUUAUUAGUAUCUCAGCGAUGGAUGGAGUGCCCUUUGCACUCCACCCAAAAUUCGAGGCACAGUCCAAUAAACAGGCACCCCUCACCAGCCUGAGUGACAUUCGCAUUAAGUCGGUGCAGGACAUUGAGAAUGAGUAUAACUACACCUUUGCAGUGGAGGAACUCGCAGCGAGGCGAACUCAAAUCCCAACCCCUGUGUCCUCCUGAGGCCCCCCCCCC